AUGUCUCUACCGGAUCUCGAUCACUCGAGACGUAACCCGAAGCCAAGGUUGUUACUAGAACAAGAGCGCGUACGUUUGGAUGAGUACAUCGAGUCGAUCGGCUACUCCGCGAGAUACUCUGACAACUACUACGAAUACCGACAUGUUCAGCUCCCAAAGGCUAUGCUCAAGGCUAUUCCCCGUGACUACUUCGACCCGUCCAAAGGUACACUGAAACUGUUGUGGGAGGAAGAAUGGAGAGGACUAGGAAUCACACAGAGUCUGGGUUGGGAGCACUAUGAGGUCCACGAGCCGGAGCCACACAUUCUGCUGUUCAAGUACGAAUCCCGUUACUUUGUGGGUAUAGUACCUUACUAA